GAACUUACAAGGAUUCAAAAUCCACUCUCUCUCUGUGUUCAGCUAAAACCCUAAAAACUGAUUCGAUCAGCAUUCGCCAUUAACCCGAGUUUGAAGUCGUUGAAGAUUCAAGACACUCUGAUCUUUCAGAAUGGGCAAACCGAGCAAAGGAUCGGAAGCAGCUUCUAAAUCUGAUAAGAAAUUUGAGAAGAAGCUUCAAUUUUACACAAAGGUCAAAGACACACUUACUUCUUUGUCUGUCCAAAAGGAGAUUGGGAAGAAGAAGAAAAUUCGCAGCCGUCAAAAGAAACUGAAGGCUUAUGAUCUCUCAACCCUAUCGGAGUUUCUUCCCGAGUUUAAUGCUUCGCAGAAGUCAGCUCUUCCUGCACCCGACUUGAAGAUGAACUGCAAAAGACGACAAGAGCUCGUAUUGACGGAAGGGGAUAGAUUGAACAAGGUUCUAGACCAUCCAGCUUUCCAAGCAGAUCCAAUGGGUUCGAUAUUUCAGCACUUGCAGAGUCAACAGCCACCGGUUGAGGAGAAACCGAAGAAGAAGACUAACAUAAACGGAAGCAAGAAAAGGAAUCGGAAGAAGGGAAAGGCUGUAUCCAUGGAAAUGUGAUUUUGAGUAAUAGACACAAGUCACUAAUGUUUUGUUUUGUUGUUAUAGUAAGAAGAAGGAAAAAAAAAAGAACAAUAUUUUGGACAUGAUGAAUCUUCAAAUUUGAUUGUUAUUAGUGCAAAAAAUUACACAAAUUUUUCGUAA